GAAAGUAGAAACAUGCCUUUCUCUAAAAGUCCUUUCAUAAUUGGAAUGAUCCAUGUACCUGCUUUACCAGGUACUCCAAGAAGUAGUGCUAAUAUUAGAAGUAUUUUAUCCUUUGUAAGAAAGGAGGCUUCAAUUUACUGGAACGCAGGAGUGGAUUCAAUAUUGGUGGAAAAUAUGCAUGAUCUACCAUAUGUCCAGAGCAAAGAUAUAGGACCAGAGAUUGUUGCAUGUAUGACCAGAAUUUGUUCAACAGCUAAAGUUGUUUUCCAAGAGAGAAGCCUGGCUGCAUUUAUUGACCCACAUGCAAAAAUGGUGAACUCUUUAAGGGGGUUGUUUAGUACACUUCCAGGUGAUAUACAGGAUAAAGCGUCAAAGGCUACAUACAGCAGUUAUUUUGAAGAUGGAAAUGAAUAUAUAUUAGCAAGGUUUCCAGGAUGUACUGAAGAAGGGAAAGGCAGCACCAAGGCAGAGGCUAAAACACUCGGUCUCCUUCACUUAUGUGAAAAUCUGAUUGAUGAAGAUAAACUCGACCAGAAACAAGUAAUAGCAAUGUACAGACAUGAUCAUAUGCAGCAGCUGUCAAAUAAAACCAUUCUUCAACAUUUCAAUAGUUAUUGUAAUGAGAAAAAACUUCCUCUCCAAAUGGAUACAGUUUGGGAUGAUGAACAGAAAAAGUUCAAAGGCUCAGUCUUUGUAAAUGGUGAACUUUUGGGUGAAGAAUAUGGGAACUCAAAGAGAAGUGCAAAGUUGAAAAGCUGUUGGAAGGCCCUUAAAACAAAAAAUUAUGUUGGUGCCCAGAUUUUGGCAGGCGGCAACAGACAGGCAUUGGCAGUGGCGCAAGCAGCAGAGUUGGACUAUAUAAGAGCGGAGGGCUUUGUGUACUCCCAUGUAGCUGACGAGGGCUGGAUGGAUUCCUGUGCAGGAGAUCUUCUACGUUAUAGAAAACAAAUCGGGGCCAAGGACAUCAAAAUUUUUACAGACAUAAAAAAGAAACAUAGUGCCCAUGCAAUCACCUCUGAUAUCAGUUUAGUGGAGACGGCCAGGGCUGCUGAGCUGUUUGGGAGUGAUGGGGUCAUUGUGACAGGGACUGCCACGGGGGUAGAGACUAAACCUAAUGAGGUUCAAGAUGUUAUGCGCAGUGUCUCCAUUCCAGUUCUAGUUGGUUCUGGUGUGACAACAAACAAUGUGCAUAAAUUCCAAAAUGCUAGUGGCCUUAUAGUGGGAUCUCAUUUUAAAAGACUUCAGCGUUGGGACAAUCAAAUUAACGUAGCCAGGUUACUCAAGUUUAUGCUGCGAGUAAGACCGGAGUGUAUAGACUACGACAAAGUGUUUAGGACUCCAAUGGUUGUAGAAGAUGAACUCAGUGAUUCUAACUGUGAUUUUGAAAUUGAUGAAGAUUUAGAUAUUAAAUAGCAAUAGAAUUUUAAAAGAAAA